AUGUCCAACUGGUAUCCGUACGUGGCGGAUAGAGGGUAUUAUGAUGCAAUCCAGGCAGGCAGCAUUGAUGGUACCGACGACAUACCACACGACAGAGCUGUCGUCCGUGCUUCUCUUGCCCGGUAUUCACCAAACGCAUCCGCCUUUCCCGAACAAAGAUUUGAUUUGUGGAGUCCUUCGGAAGAUCCUGCGAAGGUGAGUUAAUGGCGACGUUUGUUGUGGACAUACCUAGCUUAUUUAGUUCAUUGCGGUGCGCGACACUGGCCGUCUACGUAGGAUUGUGCUUCUAAGUUCGGAGUAACUCUUAUAUCGGCGUCCCUCUUCCGCAUGCGCUGGUCAUUCUGCUAUGGCCCAGGCCCUUGAGUAGGUUUGCAUCGGGUUCUUUCAAUGGAGAUUGUGCGCUCGUCAAUUUUAUUGCCAUUAUUUAUCGGUCGAUCACUGUUCGACGUAUAGGAAAUGUUCCGAUUAUCAGUAAUCUCGUUUGCCGACUUCCGGCAGUUUCCAUCGACCUGUCUGAGGGAGUCGUGCACUCAAGUUUCACCAAUGGUUGUAGUUUGUCACGAAGGUCAGUGGCCUAGGACACGUGGUUGUUUCUGACACUGGUCCCGUUUUUAUGUCACUGCUUUUGCACUGGGCGUAGCUCUGGACAAUUUGGAAUGUUGUCUGCUACUUAGUUGCAACCCGGAACGCGCCAUAGGAGCCAUUUGCUCCCACAUUUAAGUUCUAAAUACGUCACCUCUGUAGCCGCUCGUUGCAGAGAUCUUAGGGGUUGUGCCGUUCUCAUCUGAACGACGUGAUCUUGGAGUGCGGCGGUUGGCAAACCGGUGCCAGACUAGCUUCCAUGUGCCGAACGUCCUUCGCGCCUGUUUAGAGUUUAUCUCGGCAGUCAUUCCGUAUACUCCUUGGAUCUGUAGCAGCCGCUCCAGUUCUCCUUUUCUCCGGCUCCGUUUUGUGUGUCAGCGGCCUGGCAACGAUUGUCGCGGCCAUCGACCGACAAAACGGAGCCGGAGAAAAGGAGAACUGGAGCGGCUGCUACAGAUCCCCUAUUGUUUCCGCGAUUAGCUCGCGUUUGUCGCGCAUCCCAAGUUUUGCUUGUCACCGACGAUAAUUUGGUAAGAGCCCGUCCACCAAAAGAUCAGACUCGGAUCAUCACACUGAGUCUUUCACGGGCUUGGCUGCCAGGACUGCACUAAUGUAGGUUGUGCCGCUAACCGGCCUCUACUUCUACUGGAAUAGGUUUUGAAUAAGUGGUUUGUCCGAUCGAAGUCCCCUUAUUCGAAGCUUUCCGACAUUUUCCUUGUUGCUUGUGACUCCAUUUUGCGCGUUCCAGGUGUACGCUGCCACAGUAAUAGGUAGUCGGUCCCCACUUGCAUAUCCGGCUCCACUUCACCGGGUAUCGGUCAGAGGUAGCUUAGACAUUUUGUAUCUUCGUGAUCUGGUUUACCGGACUUUCGACCUGCCGAACGCUGCUCAUACAAACGUUGCAUCCUGUCGAUUUUUCUGUGGCACGCUAGGAACCCGACUUACUCGUCAGACCACAUAGGUUGGUCGCUCGAAUUCCAUUCUGCGGGUUUGACGGCGCACAAGCGUGGCCGGUCCUCGACCGUAUUGCUUCUGCCCUUUCCUCAGAACUACGGUAAUUCUUUCUGGCAGACUCAUAGGGUAGUUCUCGUCUCUAUCUCCGUUUUCGCCAUUUGCCUGUUUGAUAGUGGCUUUCCCAUUUCAUUCGUGGAAAAAAGGCCCGAAUAUCAGCGACUAAUUUUUCUGAAUACUGUUCGAGGAGACUAUAGACAUUAAUGAGGCAGAUGUGCUGACAGAGAUAGGUUGUGGUCAGGCUGCCGUUCGGCACAUUUUUGCGGCCUAAGCCGGCUACACCUCAAUUCAGUUCAGCAAGGUCUUCAAUUGUCUUCGGAUCAGUCACUAAGAUGAACAAAGGCCUACUGCGCCAAAGGUUUAAACGUGAACUCACACCUUAAAGGGCAGUUUGCUGUCGCCUCCUGCUUGUUCUGCAAUCCAGCGAAGUCCUCACUCUCAAGUUCAUAUUAUAUUGGCGCGACUGCCGUCUUUGCCUUGUUUAAUUUCCGAGGAAAUGAGUGCGUGAUCGUGGAGUAAAUCCUUCGGAUCAAAGCUUUUCAGGCACGGUUCGAGUGUUGUUAUGAAUAUUUGGGCUGAAAUUUAUGAGCUAUUGCGGAAUAACUGUGCAAUAUCCACAGGCUGCCAACACGCGGUCAAUAGCAUACAAAUGCUGAAUGAUUUGCCACAUUAAAAGCACAGGUAGUAGGUAAGAGUCUGGACGUGCUUGUUUCGUCGGUCUUGUGCAGUAUGGAAGCUGGAGUUUAUACAUGCCAGAAAGCACAUUGGAGCGUUGAGGGACUCGCUGAUGUGCCGGACCCCGCUCAGCUACAUCAUGCGGUGGGACAAAGUCGGCGAAGCUUGUGCCUACACUCUUACUACCUCUGCUGUCAGUAUGGCAAAUCACUUGGUACUAGCGGGCUAGGGAAUGCUUCUUUUUUAGACGAAAUGUUUGAUAAUAUUUUGCAUACAUUCAGACUAAAUUAUAUUGCUCUGUGCUUUGUAUGCGGGUGCCAGUGGACGGCUUCCUUACCCCAUUGCUUUCCCGCGACCACCCCUGAAGGAGGCUCCAGAUGGUUACAUCGGAAAUCGGCCUGAUGGUGCCCUAUCAGCUAGCGUGUCUGCGUUUAAGUGCUAGCCGUGUAUCCAAUUGCGUCAGAAAACUGCCCACUUAGUGAAUUUACUGACGUGGUAUGAUGUGGUAUGUUGAAUCAUCGGAGUUCAUGUUAUAACUCGUCGUAGGUAAUAAACGUGGUCAGAUUUUCUCUACAUUUAUUGACCUAAAGGGUGGGUGUAUGUAAUUAUCAUGGACGCUAGUUCACGGCCGCAGGAGUUAGCCUGACUUUGUUUCGAUAGAAAAGAACUGGACUGUCGCUCACAACCUUUAAUUGGUUAGGGUGAUUUUCGUGCUGCGAUGAUUGGUCUAGAUUGGGCGACAGUCACUUACCAACAGCCUAUGUGUCGUCGCAAAUCGUCCCUUCUCUCCAAAAUACAGAAGAUUGCCUAUCCUUUGUCCCCUGAUAUUGUGCGAUCCAUCGUUAUCGGCUGUACCACUUAGUUUUCGCCUUUACAAUUACAACCGCUAGAUUGGCCUAGGUGUGCACUUGGUAUUCCGCCCGAGGAUGAUGCUAUCGAACUAGGCUCCCGGGGGGAGGGGGGUGGGUUGAGCGUGGCCGAUGACAAUAAAGAGGUCAGAACCGGCAGUUCCAGUCUUCCGCGUCCUUUUUGGCAAUGCUUCUUAAUUAUUGAGUGCUCAUGACUUUGCAGCUGUCCGCCAGCUCUUCAGGCCGGAACACCAAGGCAGGGCGGGACGUUCGCAUCCUGUCCUAUACUCGAUGGACGUGCCAGUUUUCGACCGACAGGAUAGGUCGUUGAGUUCAAGGACCACCUGGACCCUGACCCAAACUUCCGGUUUGCCUGAUUAGGCGUCAAGGUAUGACUGACUGAUUAGGAAAAAUAAGUCGGAAAUAGCCGCUCUAGUCCUAGUCUUUAUCGACGACGCGUUCUUCGUUAACCUCUUUCGUGGCGCAUGACAUAUCAUGCUUACAGCCGAUAAUGGACUCCUUUCCGGUGGGGACAGCCAGAUUGUUUCAGCUAGAGGGAAAAUAAAGAUGAAUUUGAGCUCGUCUAGGAUCACCUGCGUGUUUAACUUGUGGGCCUAGGUCUAGACCAGAACCACAGGGUCAGAUGUGUGUGGCUUUUUACCAGAUGAGUUUUUUUAACUGGAGGCGUUGAAUGGCUUGACUUGCAGGAAAGCUAUUCUCUUGUAAAAGUUACUUUCUUAACAACCAAGCGGAACCAGAGUGCGGCAACCCCCAGAAGGCAUCUUGAUGUACAAGUGGCCUGGAUCCUUCAGUAUGAUUUGUCUAAAAGUGUGUUACUACGCCGAAUCACUCGGCAGUUAGAACAGCGCAGGCUGCAUCAGGUCGUGGUUGCAGAUAGUGUUUUUUACUCUCUAUAUUGGGGACCAAACAGCAGCUCCGACUAAGGCGUUCGGGAGGGUGGGAGCACAAAAAUACUUUUGGCGUACGGUUGCGCGCGCAGCGAACUCUGACGCCAGUAGGAGGCUCUACUUGGUUUUGAGAGCGGACAACUCCCGUAGGCUUGUCGAUGACCGGGGAUAGGCUGAAUACAACCAUGAUGUUUUUAACAUUCUGCUUGACUCUUCGCUUCUAUUGGCAAUUCUGCUUGACUGUUUAACCUGGCAGCCCUGAUUUCUAAAACCGUACGUCCUGUUUGAGGACGCCCCGCUGAGCACAAGUAGACAAGACUGCUUUCUUCUGCUGCAUGACCGGAUAACGCAAUCAGGGAUCGGACACUCGGUCGCAGCGACGCUGUCGAUAUGCAGGGGGGGGGGGCGGGGGGCAUACGUUUAUCGGUCUUCCUGGCGUUGCCACGACAACAUUUGCGGUCGUCCUAAUGCAUUCCGCUUGUUUAUACUUUGGCGGCCGUCCGAGAGAAAAUCAGUUGAACCCUGUGUAUGAGUAUUUCGCACCUCACUAAAGCCUCUGAUCUCGCGACCGCUCACAAGAGCUCUCUAUAGUGUGUUUCAUUGGUUUUGUUGCCGCAUAUGUCUCCGACCAUCUGAUGCCUCAGGCCGACCAUGCUGCGUAACAUCCCCAACUCCAUUAUCCCUGAGCGAGGACAAAAGUUCCUGUGAAUUUGGGGGGGGGGGAAAAUUCAGGGUAAGGUGAUACCAUACUAACGGCACAGGUACUAGCCACAGUUAAUGAAUAUUACGCGGUUACCCGCUGUGGCUGAUGGACUUUGGCCCAAAUAUUAAUGUAUAAAAUUAUUGGUCUGCACCUAUAGACCUGGAACAAACUGAUCUACUCCAACUUCGUAGAUAAUUUCAGGGGAAACUUUAUUCAGUGCCACCGACGUCUGUUAGGGCUGUACUUUUUGUCAGCAUCGUUUAGGUCGUAUCACCAUGCCUUAUUAGAACAUCUCAGCGAUGACGUAGGUCGUCUUUCGUGCAGCCUGAAUCUCAACUGCACAGGAAGCGUCGCAGUUCUGUCCAACCUUGUCGUAAACAGGUACCUAUCUUUCCGAGCAAUGUCCGGUGACAGCCAGAGUGAGGACGACGGUGAAUUAAUCGGGAAAAAAUUGACUGAUGAGGUCACAAGUUUACAUUCCUUUUAUGAAGUCUGAAAAAGAUUCAGGAAACCGGAUUUUCUGUCGAACUUCUAUGUCGGAUUUUGCGCUCCGUGACUUCUUUCCGGACAGGCAGUUUUCGAACCAGUGGACAUCUCUUGUUAAUUUGGAGUGAUUUCCAAAAGCACCGGACAGUGAUCGUUUGAGACGUUGCAGCAUAGAGCAAACUGAGUCAGUGACGACUGAUGCGAACAUUGAUUCCCAAAUGCACCUACUGUUUUCGAGUAUCUUUUCAUCGCAAACUCUACGGUAAGGGGAGGACAGACGCAAGGAAUCUUCUGAUUUUUCAUGUUGCCCGAUUUCCCAAGUCACUUUCUUAGAGUAAACUCCUCCGCCUCAUUGAUAGUCGCCUCCCUCUCUGGUUCUGGGAUACCGCUCAAUCAACGGCACUAAAUAGCCGGGCUUAGUUCUUUAUGGAAAGUUCAAUUAUCGCGGUACACUCUAACAUCAUUUGCAACUCAAGGGUAAGGCAUAUCUCUUGUGCAUUGUGAUCGGGUUUCUGACCUUUUUGUACUCCUAAUCUGAAGCGAAUACCAACAUUUACCAGCAAAUAGGCAUACAGGCCAAGAUGUUGGCCCCCGAUGUAGAAAUGCGCGAGAGGUUGGUUUGUUGGUUGAUGUUUCGCGUUUUUACACCAAUACACCUCUGAGGGGACAUAGGCCAGAAAAUACACAAGUUGUGUACUGGUUGAUCGUUUCUCUCGGUCAAAAUGCCGACCGGCCGUUGCUCCCGCCCUAUACAACUAUCCGCCAUAACCUUGGCAACGAAACGCCAACCAGAAACCCGCAGGAGGGACGUUUGUGGUACCAGUAUCAUUGGCAAUAUAUUUCAGAAGAAAAAUUUUGGCCGCACGUGAAUUAAUUAAUUCGCGCAAGAUUUUAUACUCCGCUUUUUUCGUUCAGGAUUUUCCCGGAGGUAAACGUUGAAUAUCCGAAGCACAGUCCUUCUCAGCAUACAACUUAUUUUCUAUUAAUAGGCAGCACAUGUCAAGGGCUGAUAAAGUAGCUGGGCAGGUUCCCAUAGGUACCAUAUGAAGGGAUAACAAAGUUGUGCGUUAGUUAUCAAAUGGUAGUUAUUUAACAAUGUAUAUUCCUCGCAAUCUCUUGGGUACUUCCGGAAUAAAGGGAAUACCACUCUCCCAAUCCCUGUUUUCGUUUAACUUGUUUGCCUCUGCGAACGCCCUGUUCGGAGGGAUUGCUCUCCGUGGUGCGAUGACACCUCUCGUGUGCUGUGAAAAUUCAAAAUGGCAGCCGACGCGACGCGGGUCUGUGACGUACAAAAACAAGGAACUGGCCGAUACCAAGGAUAGAAAACCCGCAGACUUAGCUACCUGAGCGCACGCUAUCCCUUUUGACGGGAAUUAAAACUGGCAGCGCGUGGACUGGAGCCACUGCGUCCAGUCUGGCCUCCCCAGUUCAGUUUUUUCCAUGGAGAAUGGAUGGAGGGGGUGAGACCUGCGCUGCACAAACCUUCGCAUGGUGGAGGAGUCAUGUGUAAGUCUAGGUAGCGACGUUUCUUAGUGGAGACGCUGAAAAUGUCUCGGUUGAGGCGUUUUAGCCCGGAGGACCCUAAGGCGACACGCCACCGUUCAGGUUGGCCAAAACGGAAUUUAAUUCAUAGGUCACAAUUACAGUUUGCAACUCCAGGUGGCCGUGUUUGCAUGCUUAGUACCCAUUGAGGUGCAGGAGAUGCGUCUCCCACUAUCAAGGCAUCUAGGCCAUUCACACCAGGAGGUUCUUGCAAUUUUGGUAAGUUGGAUUGACUCUAAGACGUUGAUGUACCCUUCAACGUGUCUUCUAGUUAGUGAGUCUGGUAAAGCCCUACAGGUAGACUUUUGCGUUCUGAUUGUCUGGUCAUGGUGCACCAGUGUAUAGCUCUACCCUCCACUUUUGUCGUACUCAUGUAGGCACUUGAACUUGGAAAGUUGUGAAUGGAGCUACUAAUCGCCUCAAGGUCGUUGCUUCCCCGAAGCUGAGCUAGAAGAACAGUAGUGGCUAACUGGACAGGGGGUCCUGUCCUAUUCCACGCGACAGCAAUGAUGACGGUUUUCCGAGGUUUUUAAACCAGGUCAUAGUUAGUAUUCCGGCCAAUGACACGAAAAUCUGCUAAGGGGUGUUUUCUAAGUGGGGGAAACUAGCACGGAUGUUUCUAGUUUAUUUACUAUCGUCGACUGGUAGUUCGACCGUCGUUGCCGACGGUGUCUGCCGUGUGUUCCACAGCAAGGUGAAGCAAGGACGAUGACUCGCGCAUGAAUUAGUUUAUAUUGACAGACUUGCGCAGCAUCUACCGCACUCCUCCUCCCCUACAUGGGCCGGUGUCAAUACAUAGCCAAGACCGGAGGCGGGUGAGAGCGCAGGUGGACGGCACGGCCGAGCCCACACCUUGGCGCUGCACUCCACAUCCCAUGUGCACACAGCAAAUUUCCAGGAUUUUAACCAACAAAAAUGGGGCGGUACGGGUUCCAAUGUGCGUGACGUCAGCCGGCAACUGGGCCCGCCAUCGCGCUCCCGAAAUGUUGACAUUUGUUGUGGUGCGCCUUCCCGAUAACGCCUGCCAGAAUCCGAUGUAGCCCCCGUGCUGAUCCAGCACCCCUACCACGUGGCCCUUUUUGGGGGUACAUCGUCAACCAACCGUACACUAACCCCGGCAGUUGAAGAUCUGUGGCUGGGGCCUAGGUUCAAAAAACUAUUGAUUCAGACUGCAAUUUGGACCAGGGACUCACACCUCAUUGGCUAUAUCGGGACUAUUGUGUUACAGAAAAGUGACCUUCACUGUUUCACCAUGAUCGGAGGUAGAGUACAGCCCGUUCUGCCCUGUUUUGUAGUUGCAAACUACUGCUCGUAGGUAGUCCAAUGACAGCCAGAGGCAAACAAUCGAGAGGCGUAAGACAAAACGGAGCAACCGUAUUCCACCAUACAAUAGGGAUGAGUCAGUAAGCGCCAUCCCCAUGUGCCCGUACAAUUUUUCCGUGUCGAUACUUACAGGAAGACAGAUUCCUCGUUAGCUCUGCGGCUGGAUACCCAGCGCGUCCACAGAUGGUUGAUGAUGGAACGGCCUUCAGCGACGGUUAACUGCGAAGUAAGCAAACUUGAGUCGGACGAUUAAGCAGUCGCGACCUAGAAGCAACAAUGCUAUCAGGGUGUGGGAGCCCGAGGUGUGGUACGCCAACUGUUUUGUACAGUAUCGCAAAGACCGAUACUGGCGCUGUGACAUUGUGACCAUUAGCCACUAUUAAAUCAGCUUGCUUCCCACCGCUGCCCUUUGAUUAGGCUCUGGAGCCAAAACACCAGGGGAGAUAACCCCCAACAAAGAAUCCAAGAGGCUGUUCGUGACUCGCCUGUAUACAAAAUUCCCAAUAACCCGAUAGAAGUCUCCGACUUCUACGUUGUCAAACCCGGCUAGAUCAUGGAUGAGCGCAUUUCUACCAAGUACGACGUACAAUGUAUGCUACUAGAAGCGCAGAAGCUAGUUCCAGGAAGUGGGUACAAGGAAGGAGACGCGAUCGCUGGGACAAUACUAGCAGUGAAAACCCCACUCAAUUGAAAGAGGUGUUGCGGGAGGGAUAGGUUGUGUAACCCCACUGUUCAAUAUGUAUAACUAACUACUAUAUUUGUCUUAGUAAGCCUUGCUUAGUUUAUCAACUAAUGGCUAGAGGAAGUCGCCUAGCACACUGAUAUAACCACGUGAACCGAGUCGUUCCAGUGAUACAUUGUCUGGUAUGAGGCAGCCCUCGGCUUUCGUUCCCCCCUCUGUAACCCGUUUCUUUCAAAAGGGUGACUAUGCAUUCUUGCGUCAUAUCGGUACUCAUAGUACAGCGCGUGCUGUGAGGAUCGUCGGCUGCGUUUUGGUUUACCUCGCCUCAGUUAAAUCACAACCGCUCAGCUUCCACGACAUGUCCAAACGAUGUCUGUUGUCGGACUUGUACGCUAUGAAUAAUUUACUUCUUCGAAAAGACCAGCUUAACCUUCUUGUGCCAUGUCGGUACUCACAUACAACGCCGGCUCUAAGGGUCGUUGACUGCGUCUUGGUUUACUUUGGCUCGGUUGGGACACAAGCACUCAACAUCCAUGAUAUCUCCAAACGGUUUCUAUUGUCAAGCGCGUACGCCAUGGCCUACUCACUUCUUCAGGUAUACUUGUGCGUAGCCCGUCUCAUAACCUGUAAGACUGCAGCUAAAUUCCGUUACAAAUGGUCGUCAAAUUGAGUUCAAGAAGGAGCCAUUCAGGUUUCCCAUUUGGGAAGCUGUUGCACCGGAUAUACAUCGCAAUAUACGACAGGAAUAUUUCCUACGCUUGCUUCAAACCUGCGCUGUCUAGGCCAAACCACAGACGAUAUUGAGCUCCGUCUACGCCGGCCCAUAUUAUUUAACCUGGCACCGGAGCCUUUAGAGCUUUCCCUAUUCGACAUUGGCCACACCGGAAUACAUAUCCGUCGACGUGAAGCCUAACGUACUGCUACGCUAGAUAGCAGAGCCUUUGUCUGGCAGUAUUUUACCACCUUCGAGUUUAUAGCUUCGGUUAUUUCUUCCACUCUGAUCAGAAGAUUGUCCGACUGUUCUUUGACCUUUAGCUGAUAUUCCGUAUUUUAGAAGGAAAUAAAAAACCAUUAAUACCCAUUCUGUCUAUCAAUGUAUCUCAUUAUUGUGCAUAAUCUCUGAACAAAAAUAUUUGUUUUCCUUAAAUUUUAUUUUACCGUAGUCAGUUGACUUGUUAUGAAGAUGCAAACAGAAGUUCAUACUUACGUUAUUUGGUUUUUUCCUUGUUCAUUAGAGUGUAUUCCCAUAACUUCUCUAAUAUUCAUGUGCAUCACGCCACCUUGCAGUAAAUUUUCACGGUUGCUAUAUUUGGCACAGGCUGUUCUUCUCUCUUGCUCGUUGUUCGUUUUAUUGACCCCUGGUCUGUCGCAACUUUGCAGAUGGCGGAUUAUUCAAUUACUUUUCAUUUUUUGCAGACUCUUGUUUAUCUGUUAAUUAACGCGCUCGCUUUCGUUGCUAUAUACAGGCGCAGAAGAAGAAUUUCAGCGGAAAUAUGUAUAUUUUCUUAGUGUUAUCGUAGAAUUUCGCUCCCCCUACGCGGUGAUGCCCCACCCGUAAAACCCCUUUUACCACCACUCCCCUAUUACGCGAGCCUGGGGUUACUAGUUGCGAAAUGCGGCUACACAACCUACCGUUGCCGGUGUUGUAUUUUGGGCCUGUCUUAGAGGCAAGUAGAUAUCACUAUGUCUACAACGGGUUAUAUGAAGCAUCGUUGUGUUUCCCUUAAUGUCACAAUGCCCGCGUUUGAAGGAGUACAGGCAGAAGCUGUGGAGGCAUUAUCUUUUACAGACGCACAUACUUGACUCAUUUUGCUCCAGCUGUCAGGUCAAUCGUGAAUGGCCACACCGCCGCGUAGAUUGCACCUGUACGCUGGUUGACCACCAAACACGACAUUUCGACCGUUGGUCCCGACGAUGUCCACCGUGUGCCCCACAGCGGGUGGGUGCAGGCAUAGUGACUUGCGCGUGAAUUAGUUAAUAAUGAUAUUGGACUUUCGCCGCAUCUACCGCACUCCCUCUUCCCUACCCACCUGGACCCGGUAUCAAGACAAAGGCAAGAAGACCGGAGACGGGAUCAGGCACAGGCGACUACCGUGGGGUGAGCUUGCGCCUACAUGUGCCAACACACCUGGUCUGUUGUGCGGGAGGGACGUAGGAGCUGAUGAUGGUAGCGAGUGUGGCUCCCCGAAGAGGUAGACGGAGGGUCAUUAGUCGGUCUUUGACGCCCUGCGGCAGAAAACGGGACAGUCGUCUAACGAUGUCGUUCUGGAUGGCAAAGGCGACGCCACCUUCGCAUCGCUCAGUCUUUGGCCGACUGCCCCAGAGAAAGACGCAGCCGGCAACCAGCUCCUCUAGUUGACCCUGUUCUGAGAAGCGUGCGCACACGCACAUAACGUUCUAGAUGUGCGCUUUAGUUCCUGUAACAAAGUGGGCACUAGCAACGAAACAUAAUGGGAUCCUUUCCAUGAUCAGUGAAAAAUUCCUCUGUCUCGUUUUCCCCUACCAGGGAUUCAUACUGGAGGCUGGGAAGAUUUUCUGCCAAAGACCAGCAUGCCGCCGUAUACAAAUAGUCUUCGGAUUAUGAGACAUCUUAAUCUAUUGCGACACGCUGAGGGCCGUGGCUGGGAAGGUUGCCAACUCACAUGAUGACUUGGCCGUCGUGGUCAGUUCUGUGUGCAUGUGUUUGUGUGUGGAGUGACUGAAUGUAAGACUGUGAGUCAGACUCAGUCGCCUUUUCCUAAGGCGGCCUUUAUGGUACUCUUACUGGUGUGAAUUCCGAGACCCUUUCACGAAAGCUUAACACGUGCCACGGGGACCAGUUCGCGUGUGAUACGCGCAGACUGACCGCUUGGCUUUGUCAGCCACUUUAUCCGAGUCCGCCUCUGAUCGUCCUGACGGUGUUUUGCCAUCGAGUCCAGGUGAGGCUAGGGGGAGAGAGCGCGAUAGAUGCUGCGCAAGUCUACCAUUACUAUGAAUUGAAUAACACGUAAUUCGCCGGUGGGGCGCACGGUGAACAUCGUCGACGGUCGAACUGUCAGAUGAUGUGUACCUAUCAAUUUUAGGCUACACUCUUCGUCGGAAGGCUGCCACGUGACGUGAACUACCGACAAUUACGUAAAGCUAUGGCACGCUUAAUGACAGCCUCUAUGUCCCGCCGAGACAGCAGCUCCCCUCCGCGUGGAGAUUCCCGCAGCCGUCGUCGGCACUCUGCUCGGCAGCGUUCUCGUUCUCCUUUUGCCGGUCGCCUUUCUCCCACAGAGUCUGGUGCGGAGGAAAAUGUGGCGGUUGACCGCGAUGACCCAUGGCCGCUCGUCCGCGUUGUGGCCAAUGUCAUCACCGGCGAACCCUGUGGCUACGCCUUUGUUGCGCUUCCAACCGCCGCGGAUGCCGAGCGCAUGCUGCAAACAUGGCGGCGGGCCAGCCGCGUGGACAGAUCCACUGACCGGCGUCGAGCACCACCCACUGGAUAUAAUCGCCACUCCGGUCGUCAUCCAGACACCGAGGCCGACCUUACAAGGAUCUUCCGAGGUGUGACAGGCUGGGAACAGGUAGGAGUUUUUAACUCUAUUGUCCAUCAAUCUUUUACUUUUAAUUAAUAAAAAGUUCUCACGGAUAUAAUGGGUAUAUGAAUGGGCCUAUCGGUUUUUGCACGCUGCUCACCUGGGGUAGUUUUAAUUUAGUAUUUAUUUCCGCCUUUUUUCGCGCUAGAAUGUUCAUUUGGGGGAAACUGGACAGUUUCAUACCAUUUGGCUACAAAGAAGCCGACAUUCUGCACAGAAAACGUUUGCAAAUUAGUGGAUAUCUUCAUCAAUAACAGUUGGGAUGAAGUUUGCUUGUGCGUGAUAAUACUGAGGGAAAGACUGCGCACACACGUUGGACGUUUGUGGCCCUCAUCCCCUUUGAGGGAAGAACUACUGGGAGUAGAAGACAGGAUCACUCGACUAGAUGUUGCUGCACAGCCCACACUGAACCUAUGCAACCACUUUACUGUUUUCUGUGUGCGACUUUGCCCAUCUUUGCACCCUGGUAACCAACAUCUGAGCCUUACUUUAGGCGUAUAAUGUCUUCCUUGCCUUCAAAUGCUAAUCCAGCAUGCAUGGACUUGCGUCCCGCGUUAUUCUUUCGCUUUCUUCGGUUUUGGUCUUUACCAUGACGGUAACUGUUAAAUGUGCAGAAGAAUGUUGAUUAUUCGGGUUUUCGAACCAUUAUCGUCCAGCAGGGGACCAAAUAUCCUCAACAACUUGCCCAUCCUACUCCCUAGGCUUUGUUGUGUGCAGGAAGGGCAAAACAACCCUGCCGACGCCCGUCCUCGUUUUCCGAUGGUUAACCUCGACAGUGUCGCAUUUUGGCACGUAUUCUCCUUUAAAAGUUAAGUAAGACAACACUGUGACAUCUGUGGAAGAAAGCCAUCGAAAUCCAGGAAUUUAGGACUGGAACAAAGACAGCCAACUGCGGAGAUGAUGGCUUUAAAUAUGCGAGCUUAGACGGUAAAGAUUUUCUUCCUUGAAUGGACGCAGAAUCUUUGUUUUAGCGUGGCUUCACACAAAAAGUUAAUCAAUAGGGGACAUUGUUCGAAUUUUACUAAAAUUUUCCCUGGAAAUAUGGGGAUUGCGUCGACGCGGAGAAUUUUCGACGAAAAUAUUUUUGGAUACGAACAAUCCUGGUCUUCAAACGACACGUUUAUCUACCCUUUCUCCUGAUUCCUUUCUUGUAGUGCCACUUUUGCUAUCGCACGACCCAAGUAAACAUUAUUUAAACAUGCUUUGAGAGAAUUGCAGGUGUUCUUUCUGUAAUGCUGACUUCCAGGUCACCUUGACAGUUUGCAGGUCAGUGUAACAUCGCUAUCUUCAGUUUAUGUACUCUUGCUCCUUCACUCUUUUUGAUUAUGAAAUGUCUUUUUCAUUCAGGCCAAUCCCAUUCCGUAUUACGUCUGAUAGUUUAUCUGGGCCAAUCGCAUAGGUUCCAGAGCUUACCUCCUCCCAAAGUAUGAUGUCCUGUCACACGUCAUAAAGUUUCGUCCUCAACUUUCUGUCGAACAAUUUCUUAUUAUGCUCAAAAUCCCAGAAACUACUGGGCACCAAAGACCGACGAGAUUUUCUUCGCUCAGCGUGAUUCCCAGCCUGCUUCAGAAUGUAAAAUCCAGUCUCCCUGGUCUUUGUCGGUAGCGCUAUUCUGCUUUUGUUACGCGCCGCUGUGCGGCUGCUGGCGGGGCUUGAGAGGGAGAGAGCCCAAGGCACAACGGAACGAGUGAGUUCCGUAGCGCAAUCCGUGAGCGCUCGUCUACCAAUGUAACAUUCAUAAAAUUAACUUAAAACGGCAUGAAACUCAUUUUGCAUGCCAAUCAGGACUUUAAAACUGAAUUCUCUUGCCUAUGGCAUGGAGAGAGAAGGCAACGAAAGGAAAAACACGGAUAUAGUAUUCUUGGGCAUGUACGUGAGCGCUAAAGGUCGCCGGCCCGAUUAUUUUUGCGUCAUAAACCAGCUGUCCAACAGGUCGUGGUGACGCUGGUUUGAAUUUGUCAGUCGAAACCAUUUUACAUCCAAAUGCCGCGCCCUUCCUACUUCCAGGCCCAGAUGGACUUCAGUGACUGCUAGCCCGGCGACUCCCUGUUUCACUGGGCUAAGACUACAAUGCCCCGAUGUUGACAACCCUUACCAGAAGACCCGUCUUUAAGUCUUGGGAAGCCUAUAAAGACUUCGCCUGUUUAACUCCAAAACCAUUUUAUCCUAUCGGAUGUUCCCAGUACGGACUUGCUCUGCUCUGUCUAGAGUAGCUUUAACCCUUCAUGGAAAUCGAAGAUUAGUAAGCUCGCUUUACCGGAUGACAUUGCAACGAACGUUUGAAGGGUGUGCCUUCAUUCGCGAUCCUGCAGCACAACUUGAGCUAUGACCUGCUGGGUAUCCAACAAUGACGUCUUGGCGUAUUCUUCUGCUCCUUUAGUGUUACGUCUAUUUUUGCUUAUUUGAAUCUCACCCAGAAGGCUCGCUUGCAAAAAAACCUGCGCAAUUAUAUAUACAAUGCCGUGCCAGCAGGUACUGGAAAUAGUGGUUUCGGCCGCCGCUUAUCUUCUUAUUGUACUACAGAACACACGUUAACUGAAUGUUUAUUGCAACUUCUAUUUUGUUUUUCCCUGACAGCCACAUAGCGACGGCAUGUGUCAUAGGUCUGAUGACAGGACGGCUUCUUUACUUGUAAUCCGUUGACAGCAGCCACCUUCCACUCACUGUUGUAUUUUUCUACGGGCGCUGAUAUAUGAUAAUGCGACACCUGGACUACGGGUUUACGCCUUGCUGGCUGCUUUUGUAUAGCGAGCUGUCAUCGCCAAAAUUUCCAGGUCGCCCGUUGGUACACCUGCCCCUAGUUGGGCCGUCAGAUCUUCACACGCGUUUACUAGGGAAUACAUUUCGGCAGUCGUUCGGUCAGGUUGCUUCGCGCAUCAUCAAUCUUUAGCCUCAAGGAUACGAUAACCGUUGUAGAUGCUUUAUGUACCGCAGAGUCCCGAACACCCUUGAAUAAAAGUUGCGCCUAAGUAUAUGCAAGUCCAUGCGCCCACCCACACAAAUUCCUACCAAUACAGCAAGCACGACUAUCACCAUAAGCUUUGCUGUUACGAACCACUCACUUCGAGGAUCAACCGAUGUAGACACGCGUGGUAGUCUUGGUGCAACAGACGCAGUCAUAACUUCGUGCGUAUUAAUGGUGCUGAAUUAAUUCUGCUCAUGUCUGAUUCAUCCGGCCUCAAUUUCACUGGGAAUCGUACAUCUCCGCGCUCGACGAUCUGCGGCAGCGUAUCUGGGGGGCUAGGUAAAUUCUCUUCCAGCGACGGAGACGGACAGAAGGUCCAAGAAUCAUUUCUAUGUCCUGGCGAACUGUGUCGAGCUAGGUCUUGAGUAUACCUCCUCUUCGACAUCUCCAAUUGGACAACCGCGCUGGGCUGAGGGCAGCUCCUCCGAGCUCACGAGGUGGGCUACGAAAAACAUGACCAAAGCAUCUCAGUCGUCUUUUUUCGGUGGCUCAGCAUAUCCGCACGAUGUUGUUGUGGCGACUGCGGACUGUCACAUUGGAAACCAUGUCAGCAAACUUAACUAGAACGAUGGUCCAGCACCUGCAGUCCUCACCCAUUUUUCACAUGCCCACCUUAGCAUCCACAACCAUAUAGGACUGACCGAACAGAUGUUCUAUACACGCGGAUCUUUGUGGCUAUGGAGAUAUUGCCGAAGGUUCAUAGAUUCUUUCUAAGGACUCUGAAAAUCCCGCGAGCAGCAUAGAUUCCGGAGGCGAUGUCGUCCUUACUCUGUUCAUUUGGCAACAGCUUCACCCCAAGGCAUUCGAAACCGUCUAUUUGACAUUUAUCAAUCCCGAGGGGUGCCUUCUCCUGGCCAGGGAGGCAUCUCGAAACCGUCAAAACCGUUUGAGGCUCAUCCCAACAUUCGGUCAAUGCCGUAGUUGAAUUGGCUACGGGAUACGGCGUUGUCGAACACCAGAUUGAAUACCGAAUGACUGAGAGAUACUGCUGUGGCCCAGGACUCGCGCAGGGGUGGGACGCUAAUGAGCCCUAGCCAUGGCGAUAAUUUUUGUUGGCAUACCAUCUAGUUUCAUUCUUCACUACGGCCGCGCGUUGAACAGAGUCGGACGCUAAAGCGACAUCAAUAAUGCGAACGGCCGUCGAUUAUUGGUAGGUAGGACGGAAUUCAAGAAUGCGUCGCAGUAUAAAAAUCUGGUCGGCGCAUUCACGUCCAGUUUCAGACCCGGCUUAGUUGGGUUUUGAACUCGACUUCGCACACCCUGAAAUCGUCUGAAAACAGCAGUGGCGAAAACCUUUGUAGUAACAUCGGAGCUCGCACUGAGGCAGUUCUUGCACUGUCUUAUUUCUUCUUGAAGACAACCACAAAGAUUACCCAGUCACGAGCAUCGGGAUUGAGAGCAUCUCUUUACGAUUGUUUCAUCGCCCCAUAAAGCCAGGCGCAAGUGUUGAAACGAGGUUUGUAGGUUUCAGUCCAUAUACCCUACCCCCUGUGUCUUGUUUUUAUAGAGCCUCCGUACGGAAUUGGCGAUUUCAUCUGGCGGGAGGAGGUGGUCACGAAUAGACUGGAGAGGGACAAACCUCCGCAGCGGAGAGCGAGGGCGUGAUGGAUUGCUUAUCGAAGUUGCGAGGGUGUUUGGAAUGUUCACGCCAGCGUUCGGUCUUGACCGAGUUGUUGGCAAUAAAGCCACCACUCACAUCUAGAACAAUAGCUAAAUGCAAAGGACCCACCACUAAUUUGGCGGACAAUUUUGUAGAGUUUCAAAUGUCAUCGGCACCACAGAGGUCGCGGUGUCAGCUCAAUACUUUUACGGCUAUUUCUAGUCGAAUUUCCCCGUCAUCUUCCAGAGUUGGCGGAAAGAGUUACCGUUGCAGGGCCUAGCUCAAGCCAUCUGCAGAGCCUGUGUUAGUCCAAGGAUUUUCUCAGCUGCCUCGCAGACUCAUGACUUCAAUAAUAUAACCAUUCGUUACUACCCUCGUCUUCGACUCUGUUCGUAAAUAGAGACCGGAUCUCUAUGCUCAACGUCUCUGCUGCGCUGUAUUGUCGUAGUUUGUGACGUCAAGGCGUCUUAUACGUGUUAGCUUGGGUGCUAGUGAGAAGUGAACUCAGGCAUAUGCGAACAGGAACAUGGUCUGAUCCAUGGGCGUCACCUGUUUCCUCACCCUAUUGAGAUCUGUUAUCAUGAAUCCUCGAACCGAUUAGAAUGUAGUCACUCUGACUGGCUGUACGGUCAUGGUUUGAAUCGACCUCGACAAUAGUCAGAUGAUCACGACGAGAGAGUCCUUUAACUAAUUCAUUUCGGUUGUGCAUAGGCCAACUGUUCAUCGACUGCUUUUCACACUAGCAAUCAAGGUUCGCUUGUCGCGAGAGUACCUGGUAAAAGAGGGUACUGCAGACUUCGCGUGAUGUUGGUUGCGGCCAUUAACUUGUCGUGUUUGUCUUGCCGUUGACCUUCUCCCUGCGUCAGAGCGGGCACACUUUCUGCUCCACGAUUUCCAAUGUUCCUCUGCCAAUGAACUGAACAGCAAGCUCCGAAUUUGUUUUGCUAACGUAAGCGAAUUACAGAAAUCAACAGGCAAGGCAAAACAUGGGUUCAAGUCUGACUGCCUGAAGACGUGAUCAGCUUCUGAGGUCUCUAAAAGACACCUCUCGGAACGAUUGAUCGCUGUCCGUCAGGCCGUUGUUGUGACUGAUUCAUUAUGCAAACGUCUUAGGUUGGUGAGUGGGCGUCUAUUCUCGAUAGCGGUCACAGGCAAACGCGAGACGCCGGAUGAACAGUUUCUGGUUCGGGAUCACAAUAUUUGAUUUUCGACCUUUUUACUGAGAUCUAUGAUCUGACUCACACUCCUUCAGAUGCUCAGACGGCUGUCAAUAUUGAAUAUUGUGGGUAGAGAACGGCCACAUUUGCGCUCCUGUAGCAAGCUAACUUUGACGUCAUGGGUUGAGAAGAGGGAAUUUCAUGACGUCAAAACGUGGGACAGCCUGCUGGUGAAUCUGACCUAAGUCGUUUUCCCCGACUCACUCAUGCUUGGAGAAAUCUGAUUCACUUGGAUACUUUUAAGCAAACUGCUCUAGUGUAACUUUCUGUACAGGGGGCUGAGUGUUUGCUUGAGCCUUGUGCCACAUCGACCAUUAUUUUGACUUAAAAUGAGUAUUCCGUUUAGUUCCACUGGUAGAACUACUGGAAAAUCAAAAAACGACGGAUGCUCACUCGGCAGCAUCUAUCCUUCGUGAAAAACUAUCGCAUUCGCAGUUGAAUUUGUUAACUACCAGCAAAAUAUCUUUCUUAUUGACUCUGUUAUAGAUCAUCCUGGAGCCUGCCUUCUCCCGAACCCUACCAGGCUGGAAACCUCGAUCUCUUGGCGGCGGACUAGGCGGUCGAAAGGAAUCAGGUCAGCUGCGUUUUGGUGGGAUCGCCCGACCUUUUCGUCGACCCUUCACCUUCACGGGCCCGGAUACAACCACAUAAAAUGGUCAUCAUGAGUAGCAAGUGUACAUACAUUUUUGACGUUUUGGAGCCUCGGCUUUUUUCCAUCAAAUAGACGCAAAAAUGAACUUUCUCCUUUUUACUCGAGGCGUACUUACACGCUUCCCGAUGGCGAGCCCGUACAUGCUCCUGUUCCUAAACAACUAACAAAUGGUGAUUCUGAGAAUGAAUAAUUAAAUGGAAAAAGAAGCAGUAAUGACUGUGUUGCCUACGUACUCUGGGGGAGGAGGGUUCUAGUCAAUGAAUUUCGGUUAACAUCUCUUCCACGAUCCAGAGACGGCCAGGAUCCCAAAAUCAGCUUGACACACGAAUUUUCGUGUCUUUGCCAAACGAGCAGGAAGAACAUCGAGUCAAACAAGGGGACGGAGUUGGCCUCACAGUCCAGCCCAACCAAUAAAACUUACAUGUUGCUACUUUGAACUGUGGCAUGCGCUAUAAGCAGGGGCUGGCAACAGCAGCUGUUCCCGAUUAUGACAAAUUUCAGGAAUUUAAUAGUAGUGUCCUACGGAGAGUGGGGGUUUUGCGCCAGUUCGUAAAACGACUUACACUUUGUACAAUCUACGGACACUGUAUACACACGAUGGACAUCGUCGGCACCAACAGUCAAACUGUCGUAUGGCUGUUAGAUGCGGAUUUGAGUCUUGAAAAUUUCAGACUUCAGUUGAAUUCAUAACUUGCGAAGGAAACAAAGAUAAUAAAAACCUUAUAGAAACACAGGAAACAUGCGAGGAACAGGAAGUAUUCAUAGGUUUGUUGCCGAAUCGAACGCUGAGUGACAUAUAGUGGAGUUGCCGCCCUAGAUGCUGCCCAGAGUACCGUGAACUUCACCUUUCUAACCCGGUCUUCAGUCACCCAGGAGAGGAGAGGGUUGGAUCAGUCAAGGUAAAUGUGUUCUCGAUAAGGGAUUCGAGUUGGUGUCCCCGUUGGACGUUGUCCUUUCACUGACUUUCCAGACCCGCGCUUGUAUGAGUGUGACUUAAUACCAUAGCACCUAUGCUGGAGCUGUCGCGCUUAACCGCGUCGCUCACGCCAUAUCCGUCCACUUGCCUUCAGUGCAUAUACAACAGAGAGGAUCGCGCGGCGAUCUACGGAUUCAGGCUGGCGUAUCGGACUCCAAGCGUCUGCAUGGCCCUCGGGCGUCCGCAGUUCAAAGGUGCGUACAGGCGUGGCGGUGCGUUCCCCCACCCAAGUCACAAGUUCUAACGUUUUCACUGUCCUGGUACGUUGGUUCGUGCACGCCUUCAGCCGCCAAUUACAGUUACUGACAACGAUUACUCCGUUGAGGUGCGCUGGUCGACAACCCGGGGGCCCCCAAUUCAAAAGUCAGGGAGGCCAGAUUUAUAGGACAAGCUCUACUGAGACGAGAGAGAGAGCGAGAGAGAGAGAAAGAGCGAACACGCAGCUCAGCAGGCCGUUUCACCGGGCGAGUGACAACUGUUGUGGGGUUCUUUGCCCCGGCGCGGAGUGCAUGCGUUCACCCGGGGUGUGUCUGCCUGCGUAGCCAAUCAGCGAGGGAUGCAGCUCCUAUUGACGCCAGGCUCUCGCCACACCGCCCCCAUCUUAGCGGCGACUCAUGCGAUGGAUUGACAGGACGUUAGACGGACUGAUGGCGGCACGAGGGAGCGGCCACGCCGGUGAUAGCGCGAACAGACUACCGCAAUUCUGUACGGUCUCCUCGUGGUAGGGGAUCCCACAAUCGCAAGACUUAUUGUCGGAUCGUUGCCCCCGGCCUGUGGGUGGUUCUAGUUCUCAAGGGGUUUGGAAUACAAGCGACAGUGUCUGUCGGAUAACGGGCGACCUUCGAGGUUUGCCGUGUGGUCUGCACAACCCUAAACAGGUUCUGUGGUUCCCCUGCUCUAGAUAUUCGAGUUCGCAGCCUUGUUUCCACUAUUAUUUACAGCCAUCUCAUAAUGAAUUUUUUUGUAUAAUGCAUAGUUUCGUUGCGAAAUCGGUACCCAAGGCCCGGUGGUUUUAUUCUGGCAUACUGUUGACCUCAGGGUCCUGCCACCCUGUCUGCAGAAUGAGUUCUUGAAAACACUUCUCCCACCAAAGCGACCGCUACCAGCGUGAUAACCAGCAGCUUGAGAACCGUUCCUACCACCGUUACAAUGAACGCACCACUAUGGUCACAACUACCAAGCAAUAGUUGUUUUUUUUUUUUAGAUUCUAACCACACCAUAACACUAGAGCCGGUGUGUUUUAGUUGCACUCAAACUGAGGUCAAGCACGAAUUACCUCGAGAAUAGUCGUGGGUGAGAUAAGUCUCGCAGGAGAAGGCGUGCGUUAAAGGCGAACGGAGCUUUGCUCGGUCCAUGGCUACCUCAACGCCAUUACUGAGAGCAAUAUUCAGUGGCGGUCAUGAGUUUGAAUCAUGCUUCUGUAAUAUCUGCGACUGCAAGGUGGGAUCCGAAUUGAACAGCCGCCCUUUGCUUGCCUGCUGCCAUCACGCAGCUAUAUCUGAAAACGACCAGAAAGCUAUUUGAUAGUUUGAACACAGUAUUAAACGAAUGGGAAUGAUCGGAGGAGCUACAUGCUCGAGUCUUUUCUGGUCAGCGGUUUCUGCUGUGGGACCAAGUAUGGUGCCGUGGCGACCCAGUCUUCUUCAUAUUUAUUUGCUAUUGGGAAUGCUUUCCAAUCGCAUAAUUAAUACUUCGACUUCAGCACACACCGAAGUUCGAAAGCAUUUUUUCAUAACUGCCCAUUCGCGUCAGCUCUAAAAAUUCUAAUUACCCCUGCUACGCAUAAUUGCAAGCGUUGGAUUGUUUCUGCCAAGAAUUCCGAUUUCCAAAUUCGAGGCAGCUAACACACCAUACAACCGGCCGUUGGCUGCGGUAGGUCGAAAUGGUUGACGCCCAGUGUAGCUGUAGAUCAACAGACGUCAUGUAAUUGACGAGAUGGGACUAGUAAACUGCGCCUCCUAUUGUGAACGUCUAUCUGUUCGUUGAAGAAUACCAUAAAAGCGCAUGGAAAGAGGGCAGAGAAAUAAAAGGCACAGAGACGAAUGGUGUGAAUUAUUAUACAUAGAAACACGUGGUAGGUCCAGAAGGACCACGAUUAGAACUGGACGUGACACAUUCACACUGAGUAAUUCCUUCAAUUACCAUUCCUGAUAAAUACGUGUAUCUGUGGCUUUCAUUGAGGAAAGGAACGGUACAGGCAUUUGGUCUGAUUUCAGCAUGGAAAGCGGAUGAAUGUACGCCAUGGGUAAUACCGGCGUUCUGUGCAGAUCAUAAAGAAGAUAGAAACGCACACAUCAGGGUUACCCAAAGAAAGGGGAGUCGGCUCGGAUCUCCCAUGUGCUAGAGAGUGUCAUUAAGAAGAAGCCAGGGGUGAGGGGGUGUCCAGUUAUGGCUCCACGUGACGGUCGCUCACUUGCUUGCAGGUGUUGACUACGCCUAGCAUACACUAACUGGCACCCGACUCCCACAUGUGACUCCCCAAAGCUAGGAUUUGCCUCUUAGUCACACCCCGGCAACCGCCUCGACCGGCGGGUCAAACCAUGCGAGGGUAUCCUUGUGUGCAUCUCUGCAUACGGUAACUCUCGGCCCCACUGGCCGGAUGGACCGCCGCCUCGGCAUCUCCGAGACGAGAGUUCGUGUGUAACACCGCAAGAGGCCACAAGGUAAGUGAGCCCCCACGCAAGCGAAUAUUGCUCUGCUGGAUUGCUAUUUGUCUGCUUACUUGUGUUUGUCCUUAUUGUAGGCUAAAUGCCGUUCUGCUGAAUUUCUUCUGUCUGCCUUUGUUUCUGCUUGUUCUUGCAUGCCUGCCUUUCGUCUGAUUGUUUCUAUUUGUAUCGGCUAUACGCUAACUGGCGUUCGUUUGAAUCUGUUUGUACACCGCUCAUAUAUGUUCAGCAACCAGUUCGCGUAGAGAUGGACCGGAAAGCUCGGCUUCCCCUCUCUCAACCAUUCCCCCAUACCUCCCCCAUUUCAUUCAAGUCCUACGGCGAUGUCGUAUGCAGGUCUAGGCUAACUCGGGUCGUUCUCCCAUUAAACAAAAGUCGUGACCCAUAGUGGAGUUCGGCAACCGCCUGACACAACUGAGCAGCCAUAUUUAGGGAGAGCACAGCUCACCUCCGCGAGAGGAAGGGGGUUAGAAAAGGUGCCUUAAACAAAUACUGGGAUCACGUCCUCUCCGCGCUGACCCCCACAAGGGCUAAAAAGGUCCUUUACACAAAUGCUGGGGACCCACGCCGUUUGCAGGCUGACCGUGGCCGCAGACGCAAAAGACACGGUCGAAAGAACUAAAUCAGAAACAACACACUCUCUUCCCCCGCCUCCACCCCGCCGCUCAACCCCACAGAUUGGUAAGGUGAGUCCGCUCACUCUGGCAGCCUGGAAUGUUCGUUCCCUUUCAGACAAUCUGAGGAGCAACCGACCGGAACGGAGGACAGCGCUAAUGGUUGGGGAACUGGCGCGGUACAAGGUAGACAUCGCCGCACUCAGCGUGACCCGAUUCUCCGAACAAGGCAAACUGGAGGAGGUGGGUGCCGGCCACACCUUCUUCUGGAGAGGUCGCCCCAGGACAGAGCGAUGGGACGCGGGCGUCGCCUUUACCAAUCGGAACGCCAUCGUGGGACGACUGGCUUGUUUGCCGCAGGACAUCGACGAUCGCCUGAUGAGCCUCCGCUGCCUCUCCGGGAGGCGAAUUCGUCACCAUAAUCAGCGUCUACGCUCCCUCAAUGACCAGCCCUGA